AUGACGACAAAUGAGCUGCCAGCCCUAAAAAUUUAUUGGGAUGGUACAAUAUUAUCGACUCCGGGUGGAGUUGAUUAUGUUUCCGGUAAAUCAGAACUGGUUGAGCUGACGAGUGUAGUGAAUUUUGCACAACUACAAGUCGCAAUUAGAAGGGUAAUUGGGCUGAACAAUGCUGACGAGAUAGUGAAGAUUUAUCUAAGAGUGCCUCGGUUCGAUGAACAUGGAAGAUUUCAAAAAUAUGAUGGUUUUCCUAUGGAGACAGAUGUUCACAUGGAAGCAAUGUGGCACGACUGUGCGGAUGUAGACGAUGGUGAUGAUUUUAGUGAUGAAGAUGAGGAAGAAGAACACUUCUACGGGGCCGUUGCUGAUGACAACGAGGAUGAUGAUGAUGAUGAUGACAUCGGUGGUGACAAUGGAGAUGGCACCCAUGGUGAGAAUGUCGGUGGUGGGUCGGAACAAAAUACAGAUCAUUUUGAGUCGCGCCUUCCUCAUGAGUACACACAUCAGAAUGUUGACGACAUGUGUGUCAAUAUGAAUCUGUGGCCUAAAGAAAAUGCAAUAUGGGAAGCAGGCAAAGAGUUUGAAUUGGGGAUGGUUUUUAGUUCGAGGUAUGCUGUCCAGACAUGCGCGGCGAGUUAUCACAUUGCAGCUAAUAAAGAAUACAAGAGCAGUGUAACAACUGGUAAAACAAUAGUUCUUGUGUGUGUGAACAAUGACACUUGCAAUUGGAGGUUGCGUGCGUCGCUUUUAAAAGGCGAGUCGGACUGGAUAAUAACAAGAUAUAACGGCCCCCACCAAUGCAGCGGCCAAUCAAUGAACCAAGACCAUCGCAAUUUAAGAGCGCGACAGAUAGCUGAACACAUCGACACGCAAUUGCAUCUGCAACGUGACAUUAGGAUUAAAACGCUUCAAGAGGGCAUUUUUCAAAAAUUGCGAGUUAGGCCCGGAUACAAAAAAACAUGGUAUGCCAAGGAAAAGGCCAUUGCAAACAGGUUCGGACAAUGGGACGACUCUUUCAAAGAGAUUUGCCAUUUUAUAACGAAUGUCACCGUUGCUAAUCCCAGGACAGUCUGGCAUGCUACCGGUACACCAAUUGAAAACAAUCCACAAUUCAGAACUUUCAAGCAUAUGUUUUGGACUUACGAGCCAGUGGUGAAGGGUUUUCAGUAUUGCAAGCCUGUGGUGUACAUCGACGGCACCCACACAUAUGGAAAAUACGAAAUGACUUUGUUGAUUGCUUCUGCAAUUGAAGGGAACAAUCACAUCAUGCCGAUAGCUUUUGCCAUUGUGAAGUCGGAAACUGCCGCAUCCUGGAGGUAUUUCAUGAGGAUGUUGAAGAGGUAUGUUUUGGGUGAGCGAAAGGUGUGUAUCAUAUCUGAUCGCGGCUCCGGUAUUAUGAGUGCCAUGGAGGGGCCUGAGUGGGCGGGUGAUACCCACAAGUGGUGUAUUAGACACCUAAUGAGCAACUUCCACAACACCUUCAAGAAAAAAUAUCUCAAAAAGCUUGCUGAAAAAGCUGGACGCGCAUACCAAGAGCAUAAAAGAGAUCGGUACAUGUCAUUGAUAGAGGCGGAUUCACCUGAGGGUUAUGCGUAUCUUGACCGCCUUGAUGUUAGAAAAUGGAGCAUGAGUGGCGACACGUCUGGAAUGCGGCAUGGUGUGAUGACAACAAACUACGCUGAGUCGGUCAACGCGAUGUUAAAGAAUAUUCGGGGGCUCCCUAUCACAGCCAUGUUGGAAGCAAUAUUUAACAAGGUCAACUCCGUAUUCAUUAAGCAUGUGAACGACUACAAAAUGUGGUUGGCAUCCGGUUUCGUGUGGACUCCAGUCUGUGCACACAGAAUUGAGACUUGGGAAAAUAAGUCAAAGACGCAUACGGCUUCACAGUUCAACGUGGCACAGAAGGUAUUCAAUGUAUUGACCCAGUGCGACAAUGUAAGACAAAAGGGUGGCAAUACACAGCAAGUUCGUCUACUGGACGGGACAUGCACCUGUGGAAAAUUUCAACAGUGGAAAAUUCCGUGCUCCCAUGCGAUAGCUGCCUGCAACCAAUACGGAGAGAACUACCGUGACUACAUUUCAUGGUACUACAAAUGCGAGUAUGGAAUCUUAGCGUGGAGCUCUGUUUCAUUUGAACACUUAUGGAAUCGAAAUCGUUGGAUCAAGUCCACUGAAAUUCCAUUUGUUCCUAACAGACAGUGGAUGAGGAAGAAGGGUAGGCCGGUUGAGAGUAGGCGUAGGAAUGAAAUGGACCAGACAUUUAGGGACAGGCGGAAUAGCAACUACUGUAGAAGAUGUCUUACAUAUGGUCAUAACCUUAGUUCAUGUCCUUUUAGAGUUCAGUGA